UGCGUGAGAGAGAGAGAGAGAGAGAGAGAGAGAGAGCAAGCGAGUGAGAGCGUAAUUCCAACACGCAGAUUGAGCAGUUUUGUUGAGACGGGGGGAGGCGACACACAGCACCAACAGGCAGCUUUAUUCGUUCGCGGGUACGCAGCCAGAGUAGAGCGUCGCCGUGUGUGUCGAUCUCGAGAUCCGCUCCGGCUCGCCUGUUUUUUUCUUUGCUUUGGACGGCGAAAGAAGGGAUUUUUGUUUCGCUUCUUCAGCUUGGUGAUCGAGUUUUCGGAUUCAGGAACAUAUUACUUCAAUCGAAUCCGAUCCAGUUUGCGUUGCGUUCAAUGGAAAAUUGUGUUUGAAAGAUCCCGACCAGCACGACGAGCCGUGUGUGCUGUGCAGUUGCUGGUGAUUUAGUUGUGAAUCUGUGUGUGUGCAAAUGAUGAUUAAAGAAGAAGAAGAAAAAAUAAUGUUUUGCAGCCGAAUGCGUCUGUGAAUGUGUGCAUCCAGUGUCUGUGAAGUCGGUGCAGAAAUUGAAGUAAAAAAAUAAUUGAAAACAAGCGGUAACGAAAACAACAACAAAAAAACGGUGCAACAAAACAUCAGCCGAAAGGGCGCUGCGAAAACUUGUUCCUGCUAAACCGUUGCGCUGCCAAUCCAAGCAGCCACCGUCAACUCCAGCAGUAGCAGCCAAGGCAGCAGCAUCCCAGAGCUCGCCAGAGUGCUCCCUCGUUCCCCAACGGGCAUCCCGCUGAAAGGCGCGCCAGUGUGAAAGAUUCUAACGAAGCAAGCCGUGCGCUCGCUCUCUCGCAGCCCGGCCUCGGUACGGAGCAUCCCCCCACAACAUACACAUAUACACACCCAAACACACCAAGGUCCACACACCGGGACCUCAAGUGAAAAACCUGAAUUCCCGCACCAAACCAAACGUCUCGGCGCACUGUUGGGUCGGGACGCCUAAAAGAGUUCGGCUUGGUUUGUCUGUAUUCUUUCCUCCUUCUUCGGCGUUAGCAAAGUGAUCGUGUGAGUGCGUGCGUGCUUUUGUGCUGUGUUGAUUUCGCGUGCGUGCGUACAAAAUGGCAUUCAACGGUGGUGCAGCGGGCAGCGGCAAUGGCAGUGCAGCGGCAGCAGCAGCAGCCGCCGCCGUUGCAGCGGUGGCCGCCGACGAGAACGAGUCGACCGGCGCGAACAAGAAGAAGAACCUGAUCAUACUGGUCGACAAGGAUUCGAACGAUAAGCUGAACGAGCUGUUCGACAAGGCGCUCAGCAACAAGGUGCCGCUCCAGAUACCGUACCGCAUGCGCAAGCUGCCCGAAUCCUUCUUCAUGCCGCCGUCGUCCGGCUCCAAGUCGCCGUCCGUGUCGCACUCGCGGGAAAACUCGGCCGACUCGGCGUUCGGCUCCGGCACGACCAUACUCGGCGGGGUGGCGGGCGUGGCGGCGACCGGCCCGAACGGGCUGCCGAUCCAUCACAGCCGCGCGCACAGCAGUCCCGCCUCGCUCGGCAAAAUCCCGGGCGGGAUGAGCGGGCUCGGCGGGGGUGCGGUGGCCGCGGCGGCCGCCGCCGCCGCUGCAGCCGCUGCCGCCGGCGGCAAUGGUGCCGGUGGCGGUAGUGGCGGUGGUGGUGGAGGUGGUGGUGGUGGGACUGGUGGAACUGGGGCGGCCGGUGCCAGCAAAUCGGCCGCCGCACAGGCGGCGGCGGCGGCCGUGGCCGCCCAGAACGAUGCGACCAGCCUGGGGGCGGCCGUGCUGCAGCAGGCGGCCCUGUCCAAGGCGGCGAUACAGCAUCUGCACAGCCGGGGCCGCUCGUACGACGUGUCGAACCUGCACGCGAACUUUGGCGAGCUGCCGCCGGGCUGGGAGCAGGCGAAAACACAGGACGGGCGCAUCUACUACAUCAAUCACAACACACGGACGACCACGUGGGAGGACCCGCGCAUCACCGCCAUGCAGGAAAGCCUGUUCCAGCAGCAGUCCAGCGUCGAAACUCUGUUCAACACCGGCUCCCAGACACUGCUCAGCCCCACGAUCUCCUCACCGACGCCGACCAACAAUGUGGUAUUUCCAGAUACAAUUCAAAUGACAAAUGACAAUCUCGCACAACCGUCAAAUGCCGCCCCGCCGGCCGCGAUGCUAACCGGCAGCAAUGUCGAUCUGGGCCCACUGCCGGAAGGAUGGGAGGAAGGCAUCACAGAGAAGGGCGAACGGUACUAUAUCAAUCACGCGACUCGGUCGACCACCUGGCGGGAUCCUCGGUUGUCUAACCAAGACUGGGCCGUACAGGAGCAAACAGUCCGUCUGUACAACCUGCAGCUCGAGCGGGAACGACUUCGGAAACGGCAGCAGGAGAUCAAAUCACAUGAGUCCGGUGACAGCGGUCUGAGCGAAUCGUCCAUGACGCAGUCGAUGCCCCACACGCCCGAAUUUCUCUCCAGUAUAGAUGACAGUAUGGACGGGUUAAGCAUGACGGACAACACGAUGGACACUAUAGCAUUUGGGGAUAAUCUCGAGACGCCCGAUGAGUUUAUGCUGGACGAUCCUUUGCUGCUGGAAAAGAUCGAUGCCGUCACCAACCUGAGCCUGAUGGAUCCGACGAGUAGUAAACCGGAUAACACGCUCUACGACAUCAUCUAACGUUAAGAUGAUGCAACGUUUGCCGCAGCAACAGAACGCGUAGAACCAUCUUAUGUAGAGUAAUAGUAGCCCACUACGCCAGCGAUUAGUACACGCAUCCACUGACUUGCACACACGCACACACACAAACACAAAUACUACUUACAAUGUUCUUGCAUCCCCAAGAAAUACCAUCAGCCUACAAACACCAGCAUAGACAAGAUCGUUUGAAGACCUGAUCUAGAGACUCUCAAGGCCCGAACGUACUACUUAGAGAUACAACUCAAGCCCCAAACAAUAUAAUUAGCGAUAAGACUCAAUCGUUCUACUUGGAGAUACAAAUAGGGAAAGAAGACUGUAAGUAGUGUGCGUGUGUAUGUGUGUGUGUACGUGUGGUGCGAUCGCAGCUUAGGAAACAAUGAAACAAAUGAAGGAAACGCAGCGUGGUUCCCGUACUGAACGGGGGAAACUGCUCCUUGUCCGAGUUAUGUUCCGUUAAUGAUACCUAUAUACAUCUCUUAUUAUUACUACAUCCUGCUUGCACACGGGCACCGAUGUGCUUGUGCACAUUGGACGAAUUAUUAGUGGUUAGUCGAUUAGCUUGUACGUACGGAUUAUUAUUUUAUUUUUAAAUCUUUUUUUUUUUUUAAUCCACUUAGAAGAAUGUGAGAUUUGCAGCGCGCAACUAGUAUCCAAUUACGUAGUAUGUGAGGGAUGUAGCGCAAGAUAGGCGAGAAGCAUGAGAAGAGGAAAAAAGAUCGCACGGAGUGAGUAAUCGUGUCCGGAUAAGCGACAAGAUUACACACACACACACACACAUCCACCGUGCAAGCUGACACAAGGAACUGCAAGCAAUUCAAGUGCCUUAUCCGUUUCGAGUGAGUGAAAGAGGAAGAAAAAAACACUCGAAACCGGAGAAAGAAAACGAUAUGUGGUAUAAGUAGAACGUGGUGUGGUGUUUAGCGCGCGGAGUUAGAAAGUAAUUAAAGCAUGAAACAGUCUGCAGAUAGUACAGGCAGUAGAUGGGGAGCUGCGAAGAUAGUGUAUUAUAAUGUGCAAAAUGGCGAAAUUGGCUAUUUGCGGUUUGGAACACGUAUACGAAGGCGAGCGAGAUGCGAGAACGCGACGGCGAGUACGUGUAACCGCGUGUGCUACGUAUGCGCCGCCGGCCUGGAUGGAAUGGCUAGAUCAGCUCUCAUAUCUACCGCCCAGCGGCGCAAUACGGUCAAGUAGCUUGAGCAAUGGGGAAAGGAUAACGUAUAGGAGGCAUUAGGCAUGUAGGAGAAUUAAAACUCAUGUUUGCGUAAUCGUUGUAGCGUGCGAGAAGAGGUUAGUAUGAUUGAGACAGUGUGUGCGAGUGCGAGGACUGUGCAUGAAUGCGGGACAGUGAAUGAAUGUGGUCCAAUAUUCUAGCCAUAAGAGGUAGUAACACGGCAGCAGAAGGAGGAGCCACCGUAACCGAUAUACGAAGAUGGAGCGAGCAACUCGUUUUUGAAAGCAGCAGCAGCAGCAGCAGCACCAGCAGGUGCAGCCGCCAUUAGUCCCAGGAGUGAGAAUAGUCUCUUGUUUGGCGCACACGAAGCGCUUCAAGGGAGUGUGGGGCCAAAUGCAACACAGAAACAAAUUCCUCCGGCGCUCGAUGGCUGGAGAUGCAUUUAUAUCAAUGUUGCCCGCCCGAUCGAGCAGUGUCUGCUGUGGGCGGCCGAUGAUAAAGAAAGGGUCAAUUGUUAAUUUUUUGGAAUCAACUUGCCCCAGUGUACACAUACACAAACACACAAACCCCCACAGUAAUAUGUGCAAAGCGAAGCGAAGAGGAACGGCUGCCUUUGUCUGCUGUCUGCGAUGCGUUGUACGACCGGCAAUACAAAACAAAAAACAAUGAUCCUCUUCGUAUCGGUUAACAAACAAACAAAGUAACAAACAAGUACGAUCAAUAUCCAUUGAUAUCGUUCACACACACACACACACACAAACACACACACCAUCAAUGUUAGGCUAGUACGCCGUGAAGUGGUGUAACAUUGCAAUUAUAUAGAUUUUAUGUUUCGUUUUUAUAUACAUCCAGCGCGCCCGCUCCUUUUGCUCCAUCUGGAACGGGCGUUCGUUCUCGCUUGGCUCGUGACUGUGUCAUCGACAAGAUCGAUGCAAGUAAAGCGAGCGAGUUUGGACUGUGCGAAUGGAAUGUUCACAGUGACUAUUUCAUGUCCGGUUGAACGGUGAACGUGAAGGGAAGAGAGAGGAAGAAAAAAAACCUAGCUCAUUAAGCAACAAGAUACAUAUGUACACAUAUCCCAACCGAUCGUGUCCCAUCGGUGCAUCUACUUAUUCGCACGAUCACGAUUCUAUUAUCACGCUCAUCGAGCUACUACUGCAAAAAAAAGGAAAACAAAAGUGAGAAAAGCAAAAAACAUACAGAUUUACUGGCAAAUCGGCAGCAUAUGGUCAACAAAGUUUGCGCACAUAAAACAAACUGCGGGGAAUUUUUGAACCAAAAUCGAAAGAUCCAAUGCUGAUUUCCCUGAUCAUAGUUUUUUGGCAGCAUAUUUUUUUAUACCUAAAGCCAUUUUUCAAACCAUUUUUUUUACUGAUUUAAGUUUUAAAACAAAAAGCGCGCUAAGGCAAUUACUUCAAUUUACUACUUUGGUAUUGUAAGGCUUAACCACAGCAUUAGUUUUAAACAUUUAAAAACAAAUCAUAAGCAUGCAACGGUAGCAACAGUUACAGAGCUUCGUUGCCUAUUCGAUUUUAGUAGUAUUGUUAGGACAAACAAAAAAAAAUCAAGCGUUGGUUCUUGGAUUUGGAUUCAACUUGGGUGAGAAAAAUGGUUUCAUUUUUCUCAACCAUCACUACCACUCUCCCACCCCUUCAUUUGCACCAGCGCGAAGGAACGUCGAUCGUUCGAUGCUGCUGCUAACCCGGCGUUAACCAUUGUUGCCUCGAUUUUGCUUGCUACUGUUUGUUUUUUAUUUUCUUUUGGAAGGGAAAACUGGCCGCAGCGUUUUUUUGUUCAUUUUUUCGAUGUGUUUCUAUGCUAAUGUUGCAACAUUGCCGUCCAAUAUAGUUUCGUUUUUAAUGUUUUGUUCUACUUCUUCGCAACGUAAACGCAAGAAAAAAAAACCGAACGUAUUGCUGCCAGCUUCCGCCAGCUCUUCAGGUUGGGGGAUCCAUUUGUUGGAACCAUUUUCCGAGUCGCUUUUUUGCAGUGAUCGGUUGCAGUGUAGAUGGGGAUGAUAAUAGGAAAGGAAUUGGGCUGUAGAUCCGUUGGUACGAUCGAGUUGGUCGCUCGUUGAGCGAAAAUCCAUCCACAAACGAUCGGUCCCUCGAGUGGGGCGAUCGCGAUCACUCGCGCAAGUUGAAUCGCAUAGCGAGCAUUGGGCAGAUAUUUUAACAAGAUAAAUCCUGCAAACGUUGGCAAACGGUGGCGUACGGUUUGGUGCGUCCCCACCGCCCGAGAUACAUUUAUCUUUGCCGUCCAGAAUUGCAUUGAGAAGCAGUUUGUUUUGUGUUGUCUUUUUUAGUUUCUCUAGCAAACAUAAGUGCCUUCUUCCUUUUUUUUAUGUGUGUGUUCUGUUAUGUGCAUCAGCAGUGAAGUAAGUGAUGGUGAACCAAACGAACAGUUCAUGCGGACACUAACACGCGGUGGCACACAUUGUUUAUGCCCUGUACUAGUGGCUUUACCCUGGCAGCACUCAUCAAGCAGUAUUUGUUAGCAAAUAUUUGUUAGCGUUGAUGAGCCGAGCUACACAUUAGCGUAAAGCGAUAUUAGAUAGAGCAAAGAAGAAGAAAAAGAAGAAGAACGUUCUUACUUCGUACAGAAAUUCACCCCCACCUAAUGCGACUCAAGUAAGAUAGUUGAACGCUUCCAACACAUUCGCAAGAAGCGUACGGAUGCUUUAUUCUGCUUCCCUUUCUGUGGGAACUGUAGAACUGGUAGAAAAUACUACUUCUAGACACCUAUUGCUCUACACGUGAGGAUUCUGGAAGCAAAAGGGAACACCAAAUCGUACUUCCUUGUGGUAAAGGUACUCAACUAGGUAGAGCAGCUAGCGUUGUCUACAAAAAAGCACCAGGGAGUUUGCUUAGGUGCGUUUUUCUCUAAUAUUUUUAACUCUCUUUGUCAGCGAUAAUUUUUAAUGUUUAAUAUCGACAAAAAAACUCUAUUAAUCCACACCAAAAGAUGCAGCUAAUUCAACCGCAAAAGCCACCAAGUGUUUGUUCGUCAGCUAGGUUUGAGUGUCACUUACAUUAACUGACUCUGUUUGAAAUGCACCACAAUUGCACCACACAGUUGGUUGUUCCCAUGGAGUGCAAGUGUGUGCUACGAGCUUCACUAGAGGAAGCAGUAACAGCCAUGCAAUGCUCUACGAACGGAGAUAGACAGGCACGUGCCUAAAUGCACGUGGUAAUGCAAUAAUGCACGAGUGGCUUAGAGCCACUCCUGUAGAAAGCAAAAGCGAGGAUCGUUCAAUCAGAAUUGAACGUUGAUUCAAAAUUGUAGCAAAACAAACAAACAAAAAACACAGAAACACAUAUAUAAAAAAAACUCUAGCACACACUGUAAAAAACGGGGGGACGGGAAUAAUGCAAAUAGAGUAAAUUUGUCUUUGUUCCAAAGCCUUGUAAUACACUGUAUGUACUAGAGAGAAGGGAAAGAGCUAUUUCUAGAGCACAAACUAAAGCAAUGCGUAAUAAAAGUGAGAAAUCCACCAACCAGAACCAACAAAUAGAA